CAUAAAUAAUUAUUAUAUAGCCAAGAAAUCUUCCCUCAAAAUCCCCAAAAAUUCCCUAAAAAAUUUAACGGCAAUAAAAUUGUGUCCCAUACAUUUCCUUCUUUUUCAAAGCAAAAAAGCUUUUAUCUCCCCAUGUCCUCUUUAUUUUUUUCCUAUUUAUCCCCUCCAUUUUUAUUCCUAUUUUAUUAUUAUUAUUCACUUCCGGGCUUUUUUACCUUUUUUUACUAUUUUUUCCUUAUUUCCCCUCAAAAACCUUAUGCCAUUUCCAACAUUUAUUUUUAUGUUUGUACUCAUUCCCAUGCAUUUUUCUCUCUUUUCCUAAUUUUAUUUUUUAGUUUUUUUAAUUAAAAAUGCAAAAACUUUUUUUUAAACCAAAAAAAUGAAUUGAAUAAAAUAGAACAUACAUAUAUUCACUAUAUAUUUUUGGCUGAAUUUUCUUAAAAAUUAGGUUGAUAGAAUUUUAAUCCUAAAGAAAAAUUUUUUCCUCAAACUGUUAUAUUUAGUCAUAAUUUCUCGUAGUACUUCUGACCUUCCCUCUCCAUAUUAGCACACUCAUCCUACUCUUAGUUAUCUCAUCUGGACAAAAUCUCUUAGUUAUCCCAUCUAAACCAUGCCUUCUCCAUUUUAUCUUAUAUGACAACAAAAAUCCUAUCUUGCCAUCCAUAUCCUCUCCAUCUUAUCCCACCUAUCGUAUACCAUCAGAAGCUCUCAGUUAUCCCAUCCUUCCCAUCUUAGCUCUCUCGCAUAUACCAGAAAAGCCAACUUGACCAGAAUCUCUUGCUCUUAUCUCCCUUAUCUCAUAUACCAGCAAAAAUCUCUUAAUUAUCCCAACUGACUAAAAUCUCUCCAUAUUAUCUUACUUAUCCCAUUUUUCGUAUACCUAAUCCAAUUCAUUUUUAAUUUUUUUCAAAGGGUCAAUAAUUAUUUACCUAUUUAUUUUAACCAAAAAUGUCUUCCCUACUAAAAACACAACCCUUUGGAUGUACCCAAUUAGAAGCACUUUUUCGACAUCAAUUGCUUCACCGCUCUGCUGGUGAUCUACUCAAACUCUUAACUAUUCUUGUGCCUAUACAAUUAGCUCUUGCUCUCUUUCGUGUUCCAGAACCUGGCCCAAGCCUUUUUUGGUUGAGUGGAUCUGCUUCUGUUGGACUUGGUAAACGAGUUUAUUAA